AUGGAUCCAUUACCACCGCUACUACUGCUGCUACCACUCUACCACCACCUCUCCUCCACUUCCAUCGCCAUAACUGCUACUACUCCACAACCACUGUCGCCAUUACUCACUACCGUUGUCACUCCACCACUACUAUCACUACUAUCACCACCUAUCUUCCACCACCAUCACCACUCUACCACUGUCGCCAUGAACUCUCUUCCACCACCACUACUACUACUACCACCGCUACCACUUUACCACCGCUACCAUUUACCACCACCACCACUACCGCUACUACUUUACCAAUAUCAUUACCACCACUACCGCUACUCCGCCACCGCCGCUCCCACCACUGCAUUACCACCACUACCACCAUUACCUCUCCAUUACUUCCACUACCACCACCACUACCACUGCCCCACCACUACCAUUACCACCGCCGCCGCUACUAUUUUUCUUCCAUCACCACUGCCUUACUUUACCACUACCGUUACAGUCACUCCACUUUCACCGCCGCCACUCCAUUACCACCACCACUCCUCCACCACCACCACCACCACUAGCACUCCACCUCCACCGAACCCAACCCCUUUAUUAAAUAUGUGA